UUAAAGCGGAAGUUCUUUAGUGUCAGUAAGAAUAAUCAGACCCUGCUAAACAUUUUUAACAAAGUCACAAAGCAAUGAAACUGGAUAAAACUUUAUCAGAGCAUCCAGAGGGCAAAAAGUAAGCUCAGCAAACAGAGUCUCUCUUAUCUCUCGGCCAAAAUAAUCCAGUGUCUACUCUCCACAGUCGUCAACCUCCUCCUCGACAAACAACAUCCACUCCACAGUAGCAAGGAUCCAUGGUGUUCUUGUGUUGAAUACAUCCUCCUCGCGUGCGGCAAGAGCAUGUAAGGCCGAUAUGUAUUGGUUGGUCUGCCCACAACAGGGCCAGUGACAGGGAGGAGAAAAUAUUGCACAACCGCCUGUGUGUCAACACUGUGCAUCUUAGUAAACAAACUGUGCACGACUCGUGUGAAGUACUCGCGGAAAUCAGGACAGUUGGUAUAAACAGUUAUAAAAUUAUAGUUAGCUAUCCAGCCGAUGCUUGACUGUUGUACUACGGGUUACCAGCCAUGGCGCUCGUCUGACAUUUCCUGACAUCCUGGAGGACGCUGAACCAUGGGCUCCGUGCAGUCACGUGACAACGUAGACAUCCUUGUUCACGGCUGUGGCGCCGGAAAACUCAUCAGGAAAUAUUCCCAGAUACUAUGGACCAACAGUCGCGAGAGCAACUGCCUCAAAAUUAAAGUAGGCACAGACACCAGGCAGGCCCACAUCCUGGGCUUUCUGCCCACCUGGGCACCAAAUGAUGUCCACUUCAAUGUUCGACAGAAGACCAACCGAGGGCUGAUCUUCACUUCCCUCAAGGAAAAGGUUGUCGUGCUCUUGUUCGACUUCAACGACCGGAUGACUCUGGAGGAGACCAGCAAAUACUUCAGCGCGUGGUACUACAACCUCGGGAAGCACGCAGACCGUGUCCUGCUGGUGGGGGUCAAUGGAGGGCUAGAGGCCUGUGAUCGACGGUUGGCAACCUGUAACAGAGAACCGGUCACUGAGGCGAAGCUUCGGACAGUGAUGAACUCCCUGCGUCUUCACAGCCUCCAGACCUUGAAGGUGGACCUGGACAAACCCUUUGACGUCAAGAGUGUCUUUGUAAAGGCAGGGGGACUGUUCUACAUGAACUUCGUUAAUCAGGAACCUCUCAUCGCCGAGCCUUUAGAGGAUGAAGAACCUAAACCAGAACCCCCCAUAGACGCUGUUCUUCAUGUUCACCUGGGCAAGUACAAGCUGAACUCUAUGCCCACCGGUCUUUGCCUCGUCAUCAACAACAUCAACUUCAACGCCGCUUCCCUGGACCCCCGCCGGGGCUCGGAGAAAGAUUACUCCAAUAUCGAGCGAGUUUUCAGCAAUCUGGGGUUCCUGGUUCAAGAAGAGCGGGAUCUGACAGCCAGUCAGAUUGACUUUCUUCUGCAGCAAACUGCACAUGAUUAUCACUCGGACUUGAGCUGCUUGGUCAUCUUCUUCCUGUCACACGGAAGAGGAAGUGACACCAUUCACGGCGUGGAUGGUCACGUGGUCCGCCUUCACGAUGUCAUGCGGGUGUUUGAUGGCGAAAACUGCCCCCAGAUGGCGGGAAAACCUAAGCUUUUCUUCUUCCAGAGCUGUCGGGGAGGGGUCAACAUGAGAGGUGUGCAGCCUGCCGUCGACAGUGGCGUCGAGGACAAUGCUGACGACGAUGGCGAAGAAGAGGAAGAACGAAGAUACACUAUCCCUGUCAUGCGGGACACGCUGAUCGGCUUCUCCACGGAGGCCAACCACGUGGCCUACAGGUGUCCGGAGAACGGCAGUUGGUACAUCCAGACCCUCACAGAGACUCUCGAAAGAUUAUGUGAGGACUAUGAUAUCGAGGAUAUCUUGAAGAUCACGACUGAGAAAGUCAGCCUGAGGAGCACCCCGGAAGGCUACAAGAUGUGUCCGAACUACCGCACGAACCUGGCCAAGAGGCUCAGGUUUCGCCGCUCACCCUCAGUAGCAGUCAGGGGCAAAUACUCUACUCUGGCGGUCCAAGGGAGGUGAUCUGCGAAGCCACGAGAAAAAGAUGGUCUUGGUCACAAUGCAGAGACAAAGGUGUUUUUCUAUACUGGACCUGGGAGCAUUCCUUGACAUUAUUUUGUUUAAUUAUUCGUUUGUUUAUGUUUAUUCCUUUUGUUAUCAUUCUUUUUUGUUUUUGUUUAUGUUGAUGGUUCUGGUCUUUGUGCUAACCACGAUGGUCCAGAAGGAGAAACAAGUCAGAUCCCAGACAGCUUGUAAAAAUCAUGUAAAAUAAAUUAAAGGCAUUUUUUUAAGAAACUACUUGUUCAUUGGAUCGCUCGUCAUAUACCAAACCAUAUCGCUCCAGCAAUAUCUACCACCCGCCUGACUCGAAUCGACCCCGUAAUGACCCUAUUGUCUGAACACCCGAAAGUCGAAUCAAGAACUUGCAUUAUUGGACUGCUUGUAGACGAUUUUUCCAGUUAACUUCUAAAACGAGGCUGAUGUAUACAAAGCUUCCGAUUCGGUCGAAGUUCGACGUUUUGUAGAAAUUAUGUUCAGACGAAAAAAAUCUUUCACCACAGGAUUAAAGAUGCCGAGUCCGACUGUACAACUGAUUCUUUCACAGUGUUUCAGACAUCGGACAUUUCGGACACAGUGUUUCCGUGCUUCAGACCCCUUUGUGCUUCAGACCUUCUAACUCCCAGGUUAAUGGGAGGAUCAGGUCUGAAACUUCGACGGUCAAGACAAAGCGUGAUGGCGCCCACUUCAUAUCCUGAUAUGGCAGGGGCCAGUCGAUUCGACCACGGCACGAGUCGAUUUGACAAAACCUAUCGUCGAUUCGACUACGACCACAGCCAAUAGUCUAUUCGACCACUGCCUAUGGUAGAUUCGACCCCAUCAUCAUGCACCUAUGCGAUAAUUCGGCCAAGAAAUAAAAAGAUUUUGAUGUCAUUUCCCUUAUCGUCCUCCGCUGACCGGCGCAUUCGAUCUUCCUCUCUCUUUCAUCGUUGUUGUUUUUAUGUAUGGGCCCGCUAUUGUGUAACUUAAUUUCAGCAAGGAAUUUUUUUUUGUUGCUCAUUCAUAGGGGGAUGCGCAAUAUGGCUUCAAACAGUGUCUAUUUUUUUCUUUUGAUAACAACGGCGACUGGCCUAUAACCUUUGUAUAUCAUGCGACUAUUUUGUUUUCUUGAAAGAAAAUGUAGUUAUGCUUUGUUUAUAUCCAAUGAUCAAUGCAUGUGCCAUUACACGAAAUAUAGUCACUUGCGCACUUGGUGGUCGAAUCGACUAAGGCCAGUGGUCGAAUCAACUCUGGGUUGUUAAGGGUCGUAGUCGACUCGACUCGUGCGGGGUCUAAUUAACAUGGUCGAAUCGUAGUCAUACAAAUGGCUAGCACUCGCUUUCGAAUUUAACAUGACGGAUAUACAUUUAAAAAUAUUAGAAAGUGUUUUGCUUGUUGUUGGGUUUUUUUUUAACUUACCCUAGUACUUUAUUAUAACCCUUUAUUUCUGAUGCAAGCCGGCGUCGGAAGUGAAUAUUGUGCAAGUUUUUGAUGUACAUGUACUUCAGACUUAAUUGCUUCUUUAAGUGACAAUUAAUAGUUUCGGAGGUCAGCCAUCAUGAUGCUUACUAAAGUACUUCUGCUUGCAUAUUAACACAACACUUGUGUGGCCGCAGUCCUACUUCUCUCGAGGACAGCUCUCUCUAUAUAUAUGUGUGUGUGUGCGCGCGUGUGUGUGUACUUGCAUGUUGUGAGAGUCACAGAGAGAGAGAGAGAAAGCGAUUAAGAGACAGAGGACUAAAUUAAUUUCCAAGAGCUUUCCUUUAUCAGCCGCUUUGUUGUCUUUAUUAUAAUUUUCUUAGCUUGGCAAUGUAAAGAACGGAACGCUCAGAUACGCGCUGGGAUUCUUACUACUGUUAUUGUUAUUUACACUUGCCUUAAUUAAAGUGAACAUUUUUUAAAUGCUG